AUGAAACUUCAACGUGGUCGCACGCUCACUCGGCCUGAGAAGUUGGCCGUUUCUGCACUGCGAAGCAACUACGGCACAGAUGAUGUUUCGGACGAAGAUGCUGGAUUUGCCGAAAGAGCGUUGAAACGUGCGCGCCUGGCCGACGAGAAUGACACCUAUGUCCUCCUUGGUGCUGUCUCCCCAACGUCAAACAUACCCGAGCGUGUUUUCAGCAUGUCGAGUGCUUUGAUUGGCCUCGACCGUUUUUCACUCCAUCCCAUCAUGAUUGAGGCGACGCUCUUCCUAAAGUGCAACCGCAGCUACCGGGACGUAUCGACUGUCCACGAAACGCUUGAUAAGACCCGCAAGCCCCAAAUCGCGGUCACCAAAGACAUCGGCGAACUAUUUGAUUAUCCGGAUCUGCCGGUUAAGCUACGCCAAGACCUUUACGUGUUAACCCGUCACCACCGCGUGGUUAUCAACAAGUUGCGUGCCCAGAUCCCAGAAGCAAAGAACUCCGACGCCCGCAACGCCAUCGAAGAGAUCACAGACUUAUUGAUCCACCGGAACGACCAAAUCGAAGAACUGAUUGAAGGAGUCCUCGACCGUAAGAUUCAAGUGUACCACAAGGCCCGCAUAAUCAAGGCUGAAGCGAGACCUGGUACCAAGAACGGCUUUCGCUCGGUGAGUCUCCAAGCACCAUCAUUGAACUAG